CACGUGUGCAUUUUGACCUUCCAAGAACUGAAACUUGAAUGGAUAAUAGUUGCAUUGGAGGACAUGGGAUUUGUACCUUUUACCCACGAAUGGCAAAACAGAAAAGUUUGCACGUGGAACAGAUGGGAAGACCUUAAGUGAACUUGGGUGACUAUCUGUCUUUAUCUUCUUCCUUCAUCAAUCAGCGGUGGUUCUAUGGUCAUGGUGGAAAUAAAGCAGCAGACUCCGAAUCAUGAUCAAACACAAGUAGAAUGGUGUCAAAAUUGCUUAGAAAAUCUUCCGGAGGACAUCACCAAGACUAUGAUAUUCCAGACUCUGACAUUGUCAGAUCAAAUUCGGGUGAGUAUCGUUAGCAAGUCUUGUCGGGAUCAGAUCAGAGGCAUCUGUCCUGUUUCUCAAUUGCCAUGGCUAUUGCUUCCCCAUGACGACUUGGGCAGCAAGAAAUUAAGCUUUUUUGACAUGUCUGCUGGUAGAGUGCAUGACUACGAUAUUCCUUCUCAAUUACAAGGAGGCACUUUCUGUGGAUCUUCCAAAGGUUGGUUGGUUUUUACCAAAGCAAAGAAAACUGUUUCUUCUUAUUUCACUAUUACUUUUACUAUGUGGUGGACCGAUGAAGAACCAACUGUAGAGCUUGAAAUUUUUCUUUUCAAUCCAAUUUCAAAAUCCGUACACCAACUCCCUUCACUACAAGCACCUACGAAUCCGGCUUUUGACAUAUUUUGUCAGAUCGUCUUUGUUCAACUUUCCUCUACCGAUCUUACGGAUUGUAUAGUUUCUUCUGUAAUUUACAUGGGUGACUAUGAUAUCUCGAAAUUAGGGUUCUGUAGACCAGGAGUAGACGACCAUUGGAGCAUCCUCGAUGGCCAAGAAAAUUAUGACUACGUGGACACCUUGUUUUGGAAUGGAACAUUGUGUGUACUAAGAGCAAGAACCAAUGAUAAUGAAAAUGUUGAGAAGUUUACUUUCAAAUUUGGAGGAGGGUGUGAGGUGAAUAUAAACAUGAUACCUUGUGACAGGGACGAGCCACAAUUAAUCUACUUCAUGUUUUUUGAUGAUGAAAAUGAUAUCGGAGUUGACCAUGAGAAUGAUAUUGGCAUCAAUGACCUCGAAAUCGAUAUUGGGGUUGAUCAGGAGAAUGAUAUUCAGAUUGAUGAGGGUGAGGAGGAUGACGUUGAUGAUUAUAUGGGGAUUUCAAAAAAUUAUUUAAAAGAUCAGUACUUACUGGAAUCAACCAAUGGAGAGUUGCUCAUGAUCAUGAAAAUUUCAGAUGUAUAUAUGAAUUAUGCACAAACAACUGAUAUUGAACAUUCAGAUGAAACUUUGCAUUAUGUUAGCCGUAAAACCAGUGGUUUUGAAGUGUUUAAGAUGGACUCCGACAUUGGUCAAUUUAGGAGAGUAGACGAUAUAAGCGAUCAAGUGAUUUUUUUGACUCUUUUUGGUUCUCAAUCGUGCUCAGCGAAUGAUUUUGAAGGCGUUCGAGGGAAUUGCAUUUACUUUGUAGAAGAUACCAAGUACAUUGGUUAUGAAAAUUCUAUUGCAAUAACGUCUCGUGAAUCUGGAGUAUACUAUUUAGAUGAGCGCAAGAUUGAACGUUCUAUCCCUAAUGUCGUGGACUCUAAUCCAGAAGAUCUAAUGAGUUGGUUCAUGCCAUAUUUGUAAAUUUUAAUU